AUGGAUAAAACUUUUGUCACACAUUGGAUGUUAUAUAUUCUAACGAUUAUAUGUUUUAACAUAUUUAUAUCUGAGGGACUUAUUAAUUCUCCUAAAAUCAUUACACAAGGUGGAAAUUUAAUAUUUGAGUCAGGAUUAAAUCGCAACAUCAGCAUUCGCUUAAAUGGAAACUCACGACUAAAAAUAAAUAAUAAUAUGGACUUAUUACAUUUUAUAUAUUUAAAUAAAAAGAUACAACAUUCUACAUUUCCACCAGAAACUGAAGAAAAUUUAGCAAUCACGCAAAAGGCUAUGACAAAUUUGUCAGUAUUAAAGCAACGAGUUUUUGGCGCAAACGGAUUUGUUAAAUCUAUACGUGAUAUACAAAAUCGCACUCGAAAUGUUAACAUCCUUUUAAGAAACUUUCAAAAAAAUCUUAAAGAUGUUGAAACUAAAGUUCAGAAUAUAUACACUCGUCUUAUGACAGAUAAUUGCAAAAGCAACCUUUGUGAAAACGGCGGAACAUGUAUCAACAUGCUUAAUGGAUUCAUAUGCACAUGUACAAAGAAUUUCGAAAGGCGUAAGUUCGAUUAA